AUGACCACCAACAGCCCACCACCGGAGUCGUCAGGACCGCAAAAUGACGACGACAAGAUCAAACAGAUGGAAGAGAUGAUGAGGAAAAUGCAGGCGACAAUCGAUUCCCUACAGCAAGAGGUCACGACACUACGUAACGACAAGAGCACAGGACACACCAGGUCGACCAAUAGGCCGAGGAGGACCUUGCAGAGUGUGGCGCGCCGUCUGGACAUGGAUGAUGGUGAGGACGAGGCACCACCAGAAGAGGACGCUGAAGAUGAUCAGCCUCCACCUGAAGACGAGGAGGAGGAGGACGUGCAUGGUCGACAUGGUGAUAGACAUGACGACGACAGGGAUGACAGGGACGACAGACGGGAAGGCGACCGGGAUGAACACCACGACGGCCAUGAAAGACGGAGGUCGAGGCAUAAGUCGUCAAGGUCACGUGACAAGGUCCCAGAAUCGGUCAAGAAGGAGCUCAAAGAGUUCCGAGAGAUGAUUCAACGAAUCCCAGGAGUGCCCAAACCUCUGGAGAAGGCGACCCCCACGAGCUACGCUGAUUCACCUUUCACCGACGACAUUGCACUCGUCGAGACACCAAAGAGAUUUGCAGUUCCCCCUAUGAAGUCGUAUGACGGGUCGACAGACCCUCUGGAGCAUGUCGCCCAGUAUAAACAACGUAUGUUUACGGUGUCGAUCACAAAAGAUUUGAGGGAGGCAUGUAUGUGCAAAGGAUUUGGCUCAACGCUCGUGGGUCCGGCACUACAAUGGUUCGUUAAUCUGCCUAACGGAUCGAUAGACACCUUCGCAGACCUAGUCGACGCGUUCAAUUUACAAUUUGCGAGUAGUCGGGUGUUUGAAAAGACAACCAGUGACCUCUACAGAAUAGUCCAACGGAACAGGGAGCCGUUGAGGGAUUAUUUGACGAGGUUCAACAAAGAAAAAGUGACGAUCACAAAUUGCGACAUCCCGACGGCCAUAGAGGCCUUUAGACGAGGAUUGGAGAGGGAUUCACCAUUAUAUGAUGAGCUGACGAAGUACCCUUGUCAGACGAUGGAGGACGUGCAGGCAAAAGCCAUGGCACAGGUCAGAUUGGAAGAGGACAGACGGGAGGACGACGAGAAGUACUACCGUCCUAACAGAAAGAUCACGACGACCAGGACAAGGGACUACAGGCCGUAUGUCAGAACAACUAGGGAGGAGCCCAGGAUAAGCUCCACACAAGAAAGGACAGAUUGGAGGAAAGAUCCAAACUUGCCUCCCACAUAUGACAGUUAUGGGUUCAACCUGACACCGGCAGCUAUGAUGAGGGAGUUCACCAAACUGGGGGACGUCGUCAAGUGGCCCCCCAAGUCAAGUAAGCCCAAGUCGAACCCUGAUUCAAAGUUAUGGUGUGAUUUUCAUGGAGAUUACGGACACAAGGCGUACGACUGUGUGGCAUUGAGAAAGGAGUUACAGGUCUUAAUAAAGAAGGGAUAUUUGUCUGAGUUCAUGACGGGCAACAGGACGACACAUGUGAGGAGAGACAGGACGCCACCACGAAACCCGCCGCCUCCACCACCACAUCAGAAGGUGAUUAACUUUAUAGCUGGGGGAUCAGAGGUGUCGGGCACGACAUAUUCUCAGGCAAAGCGCGUGGCAAGAGAAACAGGUGUGAGGGUCUCAAAGGCAGAUGUCUUGGACUACAGCAUCCCGACACUGACUUUCGACGAAUCCGACAGGGAACAUGUCUCUGAACCACAACAUGACAGUCUCGUCAUCUCCUUGCCAGUGGGAAAUUGCUUCAUAAGACGCAUUUUGGUUGACAAUGGGAGUGCGGCAAACAUCAUGAUGUUGAGUACGCUAGAGCAGAUGGGAUUGGCUGAAACCGACAUGAUCAAGAGGACGACAACACUAGUCGGCUUUAGUGGAGAAAGGAAAAGGACUGUUGGAGAAAUCACCUUGCCGACAUAUGCUCAGGGAUUGAACUUGUUGACAAAGUAUGUGAUCAUUGACGGAGACCCUACAUAUAACAUCAUUCUGGGAAGACCAUGGAUUCACGCCUUGAAAUCAGUACCGUCUACAUAUCAUCAGGUUAUCAAAUUUCCGACGCCGUGGGGAGUACAACAGAUUUUUGGUGACCAAAGCGUCGCUAGAGAUUGCUACAAAAUGAGUAUGAGGCCGACAGUUCAACAUGAAGCCAAGGAGGCACCUCAGGUCGCCAUGACGGGUCCCGAGAAAUUAGCAGAAGUCGACUUGACAGGUGAUGACAAGAAAGUCUUGAUUGGUGAGGACUUGACAGAUACACUGGAAACAAAUCUGGUGGAGUUCUUGACAACUAGGCUAGAUGCCUUUGCUUGGGAGCAUGAGGAUAUCACGGGCAUUAGUCCUGAAGUAAUUACGCACAAGUUGAAUGUCGACCCAUCUUUUACACCCGUCCAACAAAAGAGAAGGAAGUUCGCCGCUGAGAGGAACAAAAUUAUCAAUGAUGAAGUAAACCGAUUAUUGAAAGCCGGGAUGAUCAAGGAGGUCGACUACCCGGAAUGGCUUGCCAAUGUCGUCAUUGUACAGAAGAAGAACGGCAAAUGGAGAGUAUGUGUCGACUACACUGAUUUGAACAAGGCCUGUCCCAAAGACCCAUACCCAUUGCCACACAUCGACACAAUGGUCGACUCGACGGCAGGGCAUGAGCUCUUAACGUUUCUCGACGCUUCCAGUGGCUUCAAUCAGAUACAGAUGGAGCCGUCAGAUGCGGAGAAGACGGCAUUCAUCACUGACAGGGGGAUAUAUUGUUAUUUGGCGAUGCCUUUCGGACUACGUAAUGCCGGGGCAACAUUCCAACGUCUUGUCAACAAGAUGUUCAAAGAACAGAUCGGACAAACGAUGGAGGUAUAUAUUGACGACAUGGUGGUGAAGUCGGUCAAUGCUGAAAAUCAUAUAAGGGACCUAACGGAGGUGUUCGACAUACUGAGGUCAUUUAACAUGAAGCUGAACCCGUCUAAGUGCAACUUUGCAGUGUCGUCGGGCAAAUUUUUGGGCCACAUGGUGACAAGGAAAGGGAUUGAAGCUAGUCCGGAACAGAUAAAGGCCAUAUUUGAGUUGACGAGUCCUUCAAACGUCAAGGAGGUACAAAAGCUGACAGGACGAGUGGCAGCCUUGAAUAGAUUCAUCUCACGUUCUUCAGACAGGUGUCGAUUGUUCUACGAUGUAUUGAGAAAAAACAAGGGCUUCCAAUGGACAGAGAAGCAUGAGACAGCACUUGGGGAUUUGAAGAAGUACUUGUCGACACCCCCUCUACUGGCGAAGCCAAAUGAAGGAGAGGACUUAUACGUCUACCUGUCAGUUACAGACCAUGCCGUCAGUGCCGUCCUGGUGAAAGAAGGAGACAACUCUCAAUCACCUGUUUACUACGUCAGUAAGAGCUUGGUCGACGCUGAAACAAGGUACACCCUCCUUGAAAAAUUGGUCCUUGCUUUAGCUGUUGCAUCUGUCAAGUUGAGACACUACUUUGAAUCCCAUAAGAUACAUGUCGUCACUAACUUUCCUCUGAGAACGGUUCUGAGCAAGCCUGAGCUGACGGGCAGAAUGGCUAAGUGGUCCAUACGUCUAAGUACAUAUGACAUAACUUAUGACGCGAGGACGGCUAUCAAAUCCCAGGCGUUAGCUGACUUUGUGGCAGACUUCAGUCCAAGCCAAUUACAUCAAGCGCAAGAGGAGUACAGGCAGGUCAUGUCAAAGGAGGAAGUUCAGUCUUGGUCAUUGUACACGGAUGGGGCGUCGAAUGUGAACGGGACUGGUCUGGGGCUUGUACUCAAGUCGCCACAGGGGGAUACAAUAGCAUAUUCCAUUUGCUGUGAAUUUAAAGCUACGAACAAUGAGGCCGAAUAUGAGGCAUUGAUCAUUGGGUUGACGACUGCACAUGAUCUCGACAUAAAGAACAUUGACGUCUUCUGUGAUUCUUUGCUCAUUGUCAAUCACAUUAAUGGUACUUAUGAGGCGAAGGACAGCAAGAUGGCUACUUACCUCGAAGUGGUCAGGGGUUUACAAGGAAAAUUUGAUACUUUCAACAUACAACAAGUGUCAAGGGAACUAAACACACAAGCAGACGCAUUGGCAGGACUUGGUGCUGUCUUUAAAGACUUCAAUGCGACGAGUGUACCUAUCGUUCACAUUAUGAAGCCUGCGAUGGAGAGGAUGAAAGUAGUAGGGGAAGAUAUAGAGGUUCUCGAUAUUCAGAAUGGAAAUGAUGAAGAAGACACCUGGGUAAAAGUUUACAAGGGCUACUUACUGCAUGGACAACAGCCAACCAAUGCCCACGAAGCAAGGACACUACGAAUGAAAGUCUCACGCUUUACAGUCGUCGACAACGUCCUGUUCAAGAAGUCGGCGUCGGGAGUUUUGCAGAGGUGUUUAAACAAGACGGAAGCAAGUACUGUAUUACAAGACGUCCAUGAAGGCGAAUGUGGGAACCAUACCGCAGCAAGAAACUUGUCCCUGAAGGUGCUACGCAUGGGCUACUAUUGGCCAACACUACGCCAGGACGCCUUCGAGUUUGUCAGAAAAUGUGACGCUUGUCAACGACAUGCACCUGUCUUGCACCAGCCGUCAGAACCCUUACAUCCGUCGAUACCGUCUUGGCCGUUCAUGAAAUGGGGAAUGGAUAUCGUCGGGAAGAUGCCACCGGCACCCGGACAGAAGGUCUUCAUGUUGGCAAUGACGGAUUACUUCUCAAAGUGGAUUGAAGCGGAAGCAUUUCGACAGGUGACGUCAAAGGAGGUGAUCUCGUUCGUCAAGAGAAACAUAUUGUGUAAGUUUGGAGUUCCAUCCGAAAUCAUUUGUGACAACGGCUCUCAGUUUAUAAGUGACAAGACGGAAGCUUUUUGCAAGAAAUACAACAUUGCUUUGAUCAAGUCGACGCCACGUUACCCGCAAGCAAACGGGCAGGCUGAGUCAAGUAACAAGAUUAUCAUCAAUAACCUUAAAAGGAGGUUGACGACAUGUAAAGGACGAUGGGCUGAGGAGCUGCCCUGGGUCCUCUGGUCCGACAGGACGACACCAAAGACCUCGACAGGACAGACCCCUUACAGCCUCGUCUACGGUACGGAAGCUGUCCUGCCUACUGAGGUCAUGAUGCCGACGGCAAGGUAUGGCCUGCAGACGCCAGAAGACAAUCAGGACGCACUUGUCCAUGACGUCGACACUGUGGACGAACUGAGAGAAAUGGCGAAAGUACGAUUGGAAUCAUACCGACAAAGGGUCGCAAAUAGUUACAACAAACACGUUCGAGUGAGAUCAUUUGCCGUUGGAGACAUGGUCCUUAGGAAGGUAUUUCAAAACACAAUGGACUCGACGGCAGGCAAGUUUGCCGACACGUGGGAAGGACCCUACUUGAUAGAUGCUGUGGUCGGACGAGGAGCAUAUCAAUUGUCUACAAUGGACGGGUCGCAAGUACCAAGGAGCUGGAAUGCUUUUCAUUUGAAGGCAUAUCACGUGUAA